GAUCAAGAAUUCUUUGUUUCUCAGAAUUUAAUAGGAGUACGCAUCAGCCAGAUCUCGCCGUAAUAACCACAUGGAAUUCACAUCUUUUAAAUAAACUGGGACAAUCUGGGGAUUGGGGGUCAAGAACUCAACAACUGACCCUCGUUUGUUUCUCUGAAGGCUGUGCGAUUAUUAUUAAAAAGAAAAAGACCCCACAUCAG